AUGUUUGAGACCAACAUGAUUUCGGGAAAGUGUCGGCCGUGCCGCGUUUCGGAACAAUUAGAAAUUCCGUGUCGCCAUAUCCAGGCUAUUCUCUUUGACUUGGAGAGACGCAAUCCUGGCAAGAUUCCUGUGCUACAGUAUUUUCACCCAGCAUAUUUAGUCCGCAACAUGCGUGUUGCAAUGUGUGCGGUGAAGAUUAACUUGCCCGUUAAUGAAAUGACGACCGCAAGUAGUUGUGUGUUACCAGCACCACGUUACCGACAAGCUGGAGGAACGCGCAGAGCUAGAGUUGGUGACAAUCAGCGGGGUGAAAAGCGGAUUCUUAGUAGGGGCGAAGAGGCCAAGCUGCCGUCCACGAAGCAGCAAUGGACAGAUGCGAUAGUUGAAGAAGGGUACGAUGAACACGAUGCUACUCCUACCAUUUACAAGUUUUCGCAUCCAACAUCACGUCUGCGAGCACACCAGACAGGUGCAUACUACUGCACGAAGUGCAACAAGCCUGGUCACAACGCAAGAACAUGCAGAUUUACAAGCCAGGAAGUCAAAGAAGCAGGAGUAUUGAUUGUCCCUGGUGUGUACGUGCUUGGGGAGUCACCGCUGAAAGCUUGCGGAUUGUCGCCAACGGUGUUGAGCACGAUGGAUAGCGAGUUCUUGUGAUAUCAUGCUGGAUAUCAUAGGU